ACUUAACUAAUAAAAAUCUCGAAGGUGAACUGGAUUUAUCUGAUUUUAAGAAUUUAGAGGAAUUAGAUUGUGGAGAUAAUGAAUUAAAAACUUUAAAGUUGAAUGAAAUAAAUGAUUUAACUAAGCUUGUUCACCUUGAUUGUAGGGAUAAUUAUUUACCGGAUUUAAAACUCCCUUCCUCAACUGGGUUAACUUACUUAACUAUUAGAAACAAUAACCUUUCUAAAAGAAAUUUAUCGAUGUUUAGUCACCUGACUAAUCUAGAAAUAUUAUAUAUUGGUAGUGAUGAACAUGAUCAAGAUAAAGUCGAUAAAGGUAUUUAUAAUAAAUUUGAGGGUAGUUUAAAAUACUUAAAAAAUUUGGAGAAUUUAACAGAGUUAAGCAUUAGCAGUACUGACAUAGAUA